CCAGAUCAUAGCAGUUUAUAUUCCCUGAUUUUCGUCGCCGUCGUGUAGGCUGCAGCAGUGGCACCGAUGAGAGCUGGGACUAAUACUUGGUACUUCUUUCCGUACUGCACUCGAAACAUCUGCUGGCUUAUGUGAACAACACAGUAGGACAAGGAACCUGCAGCUAGAGUCGACAGUGUCGUCCUAGUGAAUCCUUCCAUGUAAGAAACCGUUCUUUUGCACGCAGCAUUCGGGGCUACAGACUGCAUAACUGUAUUAUGCAGCAAACAGAUGCAAUCGAUGUCCCACGGUACGGUCAGUAGGGUGGUCACGGGCGUAACAGGCGUAAUGUGGUAAUGCCGUACCAAAUCUGACCAAAUGGUCGUACAAAAAUCUCACGUGACCUGAUCCUAGGGACAGGAUUGUUUAGGGACUUUUGAGAAGGCGCGAUGAUGGCGCCAGGCACAGCGCUUCAUUCUGUGGCGAUGUGGCGCGAAAUCUCCGGCCCACGCCGACCCCUGGCUGAAUGAUGUCUCCGCAGUCGGUUCAGUAUCUGUUGGCGAAAAGUCGUGCGGUAGUAGUGGUGUAGCAUGUCGGCUUUUGGUGUCGGUGAACUCUGGUGGUGUAAGACCCGUAUUUCGGAAGAAUGCAGUGGUGCUGACGAUCGAAAUAUUCAAGUGGCUUAGCGCCUCGGCAAUGCAAUUUGCUAACCGGCGCUGUGCAGCAGCGUCGUCGUGUUCGCCCUUUUAGGCAGCGUCAUCGCAUCGCACAUGCACCUUUACUUGACGGGCGUCGUAGGCGGAGGUGUUAUACGUGUUUUUCGCCACGACUUACGUUACUUAAGUAACGCUUAAGGUGGUUUUGCCUCGCAACUGUACACGCGUCCUUGAAAUGGGGCAGCGCAUGUUUUCGAUCGUGUUCAGCGCUAGUGCUCCAUCCGUGAUUUCAUGCGAUUUACUUUUAUUGUGGACUUUACGAGAAUUAUCGCGUAGUGCUGUGAACUUAACGGAACUUUAGUGACAUCACAUGGUCUGCCAGAAUUCCACGAACUAAAAUGCAGAGUAGAUGUCUAUUAUUAUUCAUACUAAGGGCAAUUCAUACUAAGUCUUAGCAAUGGGACGCAGGGUUCUGUGUAAAGUUGGGACGAAUGAAUGUAUAUAUGUCAUUAUUAUCCUCAUCAGCCUAUUCAUGUUUACUGCAGGACGAAGGCAUCUCCCUGUGAUCUCCAACUACGCCUGUUCUGCGCCAACCGAUUCCAACCAGCACCCGCAAAUUUCCUAAUUUCGUCGCACCACCUAGUCUUUUGUCAUCCUCUACUGUGCUUUCCUUCUCUUGGUAGCCAUUCUGUUACCCUAAUGGUCCAACGGUUAUCUAGUCUGCGCACUACAUGACCUGCCCAGUGUCAUUUUUUUCUCUUAAUGUAUAUUAGAAUAUUGUCUAUACCCCGUUUGCUCUCUGAUCCAUACUCUUUCUGUCUCUUGAGGUUAUGCCUAGCAUUCUUCGUUCCAUCGCUCUUUGCGCGGUCUUGUUCUCAAGCUUCUUUGUCAGACUCCAAGGCGCCGUACGUCAGCGCCGGUAAAAUGCACUGAUUGUAUACUUUCAUUUUCAAUGAUAACGGUGAACUCCCAUUCAGGAGCUCACGAUGCCUGCCGUAUGUGAUCCAACCCAUUUUUAUUAUUCUGUGAAUUUCCUUCUCAUGGUCCGGGUUCCUUGCGAUUAGUUGACCUAGGUAAUUGUACUCCUCCACAGACUCUAGAGGCUGACUUGCGAUCUUGAACCCUUGUUCCCUUGCCAAUCUAUUCAUCAUUAUCUUUGUCUUCUGCAUAUUAAUUUUCUAUCCCACUCUUACACUCUCCCUGUUAAGGUCCUCGAUCAUUUGUUGAAACUCGUCUGCAUUGUUGCUGAAUAGAACAAUGUCAUCGGCAAACCGAAGGUUGUUGAAGUAUUCGCCGUCGAUCUUUACUCCUAAGCCUUCCCAGUUUAAUAGCUUGAAUACUUCUAAGCAUGCAGUGAAUAGCAUUGGAGAGAUUGUGUCUCCUUGUCUGACCCCCUUUCUUUAUAGGUAUCUUCCUACUUUUCUUGUGUAGAAUUAAGGUGGCUGUGGAAUCUCUGUAGAUAUUUUCCUGGGCAUUUACAUAAGCCGUCUGUAUUCCUUGACUGCCCAAUGCCUCUAUGACUGCUGGUAUCUCUACUGAAUCAAAUGUUUUUUUCGUAAUCUAUGAAAGCCAUAUACAGAGUUUUAUUGUACUCUGCAGAUUUCUCGAUAACCUGGUUAAUGACAUGGAUGUGAUCCAUUGUAGAGUAACCUUUCCUGAAGCCAGCCUGCUCCCUUGGUUGACUAAAGUCCAGUGUUGUCGUUAUUAUAUUGAAGAUUAUUUUGGUAAAUACUUUAUAUAAUACUGGGAGUAAGCUAAUGGGCCUAUAAUUUUUUAGUUCUUUAACGUCGCUGAUGAAGCAAACAGUCUAUUGCGGUGACGGGAUGAAUGGCAGCCCUAGUUCCAGCUUUGAUAUUCCCACUACCCUGAAGGUACUCCCCCGCCUGUUUUACUAUAAUCUCAGGUGCUCUUGAACUCUCUAUUUGCCGGUAUUUUUAUUUUCACAUGCAGAAUGGUCCUACUGCAAUACAUAUAUGUAGUGAGGUGAAGCUUAUUAAAUUUGCCAAAUGCUUUGACAGUAUCAGACCUAACAGUUUUAGAAUGACAUGGCCAAUACAACAGCCCAGACCUUCACUUUAACAAUUUUAUUAGGACUUUCAAACUAUUCUUACAGCACAGAAAAACAAUGUAAACACCCCAAGAGUUCAUUAGCAAGUAAUACUGGAAAGCACAAGUCUACUGGCCAAGGGUGUGGUGAAACGCUUUAAACACUCAACUGACACACCUUAAAUGCUUAAAAAUUUGUAGCAUAUUGAUGCAGGUUGAUCAGACUUACUGCGAUAUUGAUUGCUUUACAAUGAAAAUAAUAGUAUUGGAUAAAAUGAUGCAAGCGACUCGUGUGCUGCUUGGUUAUGCAAACCACAUUUGUCCCAGAAAUACCCAAACAGGGUUCUUGUCUACGCAUGCUGCUUGCGUCCAGUAAUCUAAAGCUUUCUUAUGUCAGCAGUAUAAAGAGAGGCUGUAACAAUAGGGCUUUGAACUUCACAACUCCAAUUUUAUUUCUUCUACACUCAUACAACCUAAACACUGUGCUGUCGUGACAGCAUCUGCCUAGCUCAUUGCCACAUUUUGUGACAAAAUCAGUGAUCACUCAGAGUUGCCUGUCCUAAUAUUACUCCACUAAUUCUUUGAACAAUUCAUUUUUUAAGCACGAAGCAUGUCAUGCCCAACUAGAAAAUUAACCACGAAAUGAGCUACUAGAAGUAGCUAAAAAAUCAGCAGUAUUCUGAAGUCAGCUUAAUUUGCAGCUACUAAAAUUGACCAUUAUUGAAUUAGGGGAAGGGAAGAACAGCUUGAAUAAACAUGUUUCAUCAGUGUGUGCUGCAGGCUAAAGCAGUGAAAGGAAGCCGUUUUGGCAUGGGUCUACCUUUGUCCCAAAACCAGGCACCGCAGCCGAGGCGACUUCACUUGGCUUUGACAUCGUCAAAUCCACUUUCCUGAGCACAGAAUACUCAGUCGAGGUGAGCUCAAUGCACAUCACCCACACUGGGGAUGCAAAGACAUAUGGCCAAGAGGAUAUGCCACCUUGAUGAAGCAGACACCACAGACCUCAAAUUAACAAAUGACACCAACUAUCCCAAUUGUUACAUCCUCCAUUAAAACCAGAAGGGCAGUACACUUUCCUAGCAUGGGCAACUGGGGCCUUCAUCCAGAGUGUCAGUGCAACUCUGCCCCAAAAGGCAGCGACCAUUAGUAGGGGUGAAAAUGUGCCACAUUCAAAAUCAGGGUUUGAGGCUGGGACCAUUUCCGUGAUGCACCGAGUCUGCAGAAUGUGAAGGUGUUAAAGAAUCGCUAGCAACACGCAUUCUUUACACUCUGCAAAGAGCGACAUGUGAAAUAGAGCUUACUGGGGCAACAUUCAGCCCUGACAAGCACCUGCUGCAACUUUGGGGUAAGCAAGCCAAGCUGCAUACUGCAUACUUAAAUUGUGGCUGCAUGCAGGAGCAGGCAAGAUGUCGUGAUAAGAAACUUGCCAGAGACUAGUGGAUGGACCACUGCACGUCAUGCGACACAUUCUCGGCUAUAAAAGGAUGAACCAAAUACUGUAAUAUUAAUGAAAACACGCUGCUCAAUCUUCAGUGCACAUCCGAGUAAUUUGAGGAACGAGCUGCAAAUGCUUUCCCCGACCACCUCACAGUGACUGACCGUCACCAGAGUUGUACACUUAAAGCGCACGUGGCAAAGAUGGGGUCAUUUUGUAGAUGUUGAGGAAUCUUGCCGAAACGAGGAAGCAAGCACGCUUGCUUGUAAUUAAUGAAGUCUGGAAUAUUGGAAUUCCCCACAGAGUGGAAACACUUGGUCAUGAUGCCACUACCAAAACCAGGCAAGAAACCUGAUACCAUAGCCAACCUUUGAUCAGUCUCACUCACACUGACAGUGUGCAAAUUUGCUGAAGGAAUGUGCCUCGUGAGGCUGAACCACCGUAUGGGAAAGACAAGACUUUCCACCUGUGCCAGAUUGGUUUCUGGCCUAAGGUUGACACAUGUGACAAUAGCCUCUUUCUGCAUCAAAGCAUCGCCAAUACCAGCCGCUUCAGAGGAGAUAUAUGGGUUCUUAGUCACAGUCGAACCAAGAAGAAUGUUGAGCACAGGCUGCAACGAGGAGAUACUGGUGGCCUUUCAUGAAGCCUGCGCAGGCAUUAGGGCUACCAGUGUUGCCAAAGCCUCUUAUGCAACCAAGUGUUUGAAAUAUGAAGUAACAGUGAACAGCCAAAGACUUUUACCAACUGCACAGGUGGAAAUUCAGGUAAAACCUGGACCAGCACACUUGGUUGCAGGAGUGAUUCGCUGAUGAGCAGUAGCUGCUAUGGGCUACUGCUAUCUGCGCAGGCAGAUCGGCACAGCUAAAAUCACUGACUGGCGAAAAAUCAGGGAAGCCCAAGAACAAGACGCCGACAUAAUCACGAACCUGGAAGACUGGUGCGACAACCUCCGUCGACAUAACGCCACACAAAGGACAUCGCCAGAACGGAAGAGACCCCAGAGGUGGAUCCCCACUUACUACACCUGUGGGAUGCCAAACGGGGCCUUACCCGCCGCUGGAAAAAACAGAAAUACAACAGGAAACUGAAGACGCGCAUAGCAAAAAUAACAGCGGAAGCAGAAGAAUAUGCCAUGCAACUCGCCUCCGCGAACUGGUAUAGAUUCUGUGACUCCUUCGGUGGCACGCUGGACACGGCCAAGACGUGGCACAUCCUCAAAGCCAUCCUGGACCCCACCAAAACCAAAGGAGAAGGACACAGGGCUCUGGAACGGUUACUACACACCUACCCAGGUAGCCAACAAGACCUCAUCGAUGCCAUCAAGACCAAGUGCUAUGGAGAUCCCACUCCCACACAAGCAUGUAGAACACCCUACACCGGACAACCCAACCCGCUAAUGGACGAACCUAUUACCGAAAACGAAAUGAGAGCGGUCAUCGCAGCCACCACCCGUAACACAGCGGCGGGCACGGACCAGAUCACGAAUUCGAUGAUCAGAAACCUGAGCGACAAGUCUAUCUCCGCGCUCACGGCCUUUGUCAACCAACACUGGGAACAAGGUACGGUGCCGGCGAUGUGGAAACACGCACGAAUAAUCAUGAUCCCCAAACCGGGCAAGAAAUUGGCAAUUGAAAACCUUAGGCCCAUAUCGCUCACGUCCUGCCUCGGCAAGGUGUACGAAAAAGUUAUCAACGCAAGACUACAGAAACACUUGGAAGAUAACAAACACCUGCCGGACACCAUGUUCGGUUUCCGUGCAGGCCUGUCCACACAAGAUGUGCUACUCCAAAUCAAGGAAGAAGUCCUCAGUAACGUUUCCCGCAGCGGCGAACACGUCCUCCUAGCAAUCGACAUCAAAGGGGCUUUCGACAACGUCAGCCACCAAGGAAUCCUAGAAGGGCUGGCCAACACCAACUGCGGCGAGCGAACGUACAAGUAUGUUCAGAGCUUCCUGAGCCACCGCACGGCGGAGCUGAAGAUGGGAGAGAUCCAGACUCCAGUGUACCACCCUCCCAACAAGGGCACACCACAAGGUGCUGUCAUGUCUCCCACGCUGUUCAACGUCGCCAUGAUCGGUCUCGCAAACAAACUGCAGGACGUAGCAGGUCUUCGGCACGCAAUCUACGCAGAUGAUAUAACACUCUGGACCAGAACAGGGUCCCUCGCUGAAAAAGAAGAACGGCUGCAAACUGCAGCAAAUAUCAUCCAGGAAUACGUCAGCCAACGGGGACUACAAUGCUCCCCCGAAAAAUCUGAGCUCCUACGAGUCUGGCGAGGCCGGGGUAACCACACAGUUCCCACAGACCCAACAAGAAGACUCGAGGUAUGCCUCAACGGGGGCCUCAUACCAGAGAAGCCAUUGCUGAGGGUGCUGGGCAUGUGGCUGCAAUCUAACCAGCGGGCCACACACACCCUUACACUCCUCAAAACCAGUGUCAAGGCGAUAUCACGCAUGAUCUCCCGCGUAACAUCCAAGAACAGAGGCAUGAAGGAAAGCGACACCCUGCGACUGCGACUGAGCAGAAUCACAUACAGCCUGCCUUACUACCACCUCACACAGUCCGAGACGAAGCAGGCCGACACACUUUUAAGGAUGGCUUUGAAGACCGCUCUCCGCCUGCCGAUGAGUACAUCGACUGAAAAAUUAUUGGCGCUAGGGUUGCACAACACCCUCAGCGAACUAGCAGAAGCCCAUUACGUCUCGCAACAACAGAGACUUGCGCGGACUCGCACGGGCCGGCAGGUCCUACAAACCUUGGGGUUCCCAGAAAUAACACGAACCCAAGAAACCUGUUACAUACCUCGUCACGUUCAGGACAGGUUUCACGUUGCCCCGAUACCGCGCAACAUGGACGCUAACCUACAUUCCGGCAGGAGGAGAGCAAGGGCCCAGUACAUGGAGAAAGUGUUCAGAUUCAAUACCACGGCCCGUUUUACGGACGCUGCCAUGUAUGGCACGAACAACAAGGGCGCAGUUGCGGUGGCAUGCGACUACCGAGGCCACGUUACCUCCGCUGCAUCGACCCGCCCCUGCACGAUUACGGAAGCCGAGGAGCUGGCCAUCGCGUUAGCCAUCCGCGAGGGCCUACACGCAAACCAACCACUGACGAUCCUCACGGAUUCCCAGCAGGCCUGCCGCAACUUCCUACAGGGAAGAAUUGGAAGACCUGCUGCACAAGUCCUAGCCGGAAUACUCAAGGAGGACCCUGAGGACUUCACCAUCCAAACCAUCAUCUGGAUACCGGGCCACACAGGCAUCACGGGCAACCUGCAGGCUGACAGAGCAGCUCGAGGAUUUGUACAUAACCGAGCACUCAACACGCCGGCUGCAGAAGACCUGGACCCUGUCGACCUCGAGUAUUCAGCAAUCGUCAACUACCACAGAGGGCGUCGUCUGCUAUAUCCUCCACCCCAUCGAAAUCUAAACACAGAGGAUACCGCUGCCUGGCGUAGGCUCCAGACAGGCACUUACACGAACUUACACAUAUUACAUAGGAUACACCCCACAGCCUACAGGGACGAAUGCCCAUGGUGUGGGGCCACACCAACCCUAUAUCACAUUACGUGGGAGUGCGCACUACACAACAUAGAACACCCAGACACGAACACCACGAGGGAGCAAUGGGAGGCACUGCUGUCCAGCUCGGCCCUCGACGACCAGCUCAAGCUGAUCAAGAGAGCUAAGAAGAUGGCAAAAGCCAGCGGAGCCCUGGACUAAGGGCCCCGACCAUUAGCUGUUUUUUUUUAUUAUUUUAAUAAAGUUUAUCUAUCUAUCUAUCUAUCUGCUAUGGGCUAACUCCUCUGGUUCUUUACUGGUGUCACUGGAAUUCCUAAAUGUCUUGCUAGAAUAUUGCGAAUGAAGUUCACACUGUGCUGCGAGGAUUCAAACAUACAAUCAAAUGAUUGGCAGUCCACAAUUCUAUGUUUUAGCCACUCUGCUGAAGGUGCAGUGGUGGUGAUUACUGAUCCUGGAGAGCGCGCAAUCAAGCCAACAGGUGCCAAGAUUGGCUAACACCUGCUCAAUGUCUGCAUACUGUAUAUAGAGCUGGCAUCCAUGCCUUUAAGUUCUGACACAUCACCUUCCCACUCGUGAAUUUUCUUCUUACAUGUAAUGACAGUGAUUGGGUGCAUCUGCUUCAUUAAUCUUCUAGUGCUUGGCUUCUCAGGUUUAUUGGAUGGGGCUGUUGGUGUCUCGUUUUCCUCAAGCACAGCACGAGACGUACCUAGCAGUGGGUAGGCCAAAUAUAGAUUUCAGAAAACCAAUACGAAUUCAGCAGUAAGAACCUAAAGGGUUGUUUUGGUGGAGACCAGUGGCCAAGCCCAGAUAUGAAAGAGGAGGAAGAAAAGCAGCCUCUAUCCACUUCAACACUGGGAGGCACAACUCCCACAAAUAUGACUCUUACUUAUUUUACUUCUUUAAAGGAGAUUACUGACUUGCAUUGGCAAGUAUUCACUCCAACAAACACUGCAUGAAGCAAGUAUUUCGUGCAUAUUUCACCAGCUACUGCAUCAUUUUGCAUUACAAGUGAAACUGCAAUUUUCUUUAUGCCACAACAUGCCCAAUUUUGUGUUUUGCGGUAGAAUGUUAGCAAGGCUAUUAAGGCACUUAAAUACUCGUGAAUAGCAGUAGAGAAAAAAAGAUUGAAGUAAGAACGCAGCGGCUUUUUGUGCGUAGACUUUGCAUACACCUGGUGCUCUCAUGGUCAUUUCUUCCCUAUCUGCUAAACUAUUCUAAACAAGAAAAGUUAUACACAAUUAUUGUACAAAGUCAGACCACAACUAAACCAGAGGUAUCCUUGGUAGGCAAAGUAUAUUUAUUUGAUGACAUUUUCUGCAGCCCUGCUAUUGGGCUUAAAUUCCUUCCUCUUCAGCUGUGCACGUUCAUUAAGUGACGAGACAGUUUGACAAUUUAAAUCAUUGAAAGACUUAGCAAAACGCUUUUUGGGUUGUUUUUUUCUUGGUUUCAGGCUGCACAUUGCAAUUUUAAGGUUUUUUCCAUGCUUUUUGCUUUAGUUUUUUUUAUGUGUAGGGCAUGUUAAAAUUUUUUACACCAUGUUAAGUAUGUGGUGCCGUAGAGUUCUUGGAUGGAGUCUUGCCCUUUCAUUCUGUACAAUAUGAUGUCGGUUUUUGUGCUCAAGGCUGUUUUACAUUUGAGUGUGAUUGUAGCAUUUUGCUAAGUUUCACCCAAGCUUGAAAGAUUGCUUCCCACUGCUGGUGGCAUGACACAUGUGACAUUUUUUUCAAUAAAAGGAAGUCUGUCACUUAUCCUGUA